UGGGUAUUCAUGAAUCUGUUGUUACCAUUUCGGAAAUGUGCUGCUUUUGUCAGAGGAAGAAAGACACGUGUUAGACUUCAAUAACAGACCUGAGCAAGAGUGCUUCUAAUUAUCCGCAGUGCUCGCUGUGAAAUGCAUGACAGAAAAUGAAGACCAAAUCUUCAUUUUUGGGUGAACCAUCACUUUCAGCUUCAGAAUAGACAUGUGAUCGAGUGUCCAGUGUUGUUCCGGACAGGUAUAUGUGUACACACGCGGGCUGACAGACAGCAGACUGCUGGAGAUUGCUUUCAUCGAGCUUUGGAGACUAUACACAGACUCUAAUUGUCAGUUUGGGGCAAAAUACAGUGGAAAGUUGCUGACUUGAAGCGACCAUGGGAAACGAGCAGUCAACUCAGAAAAAACGGCAGAAGGCAAAUGCUGAGAAAAAAGUCCAAAAUGGAGAGCUGAAUGGACAUGCAGUAGCAGCUCCAGAUGGAACUGAACCUGAAACUAGCAAAGAAGCAGCAGUGGAUCAAAAGAGUGAAGCCCCGCCAGCCCCUGUCACAAAUGAACCAAAACCACCAGAAAAAGAGGAGGUAGACAGCAGCAAAGCGAAUGGACCCGUACAUGUGGAAACGACCCCUGAGCAAAAAACAACGAAAUCAACAGAUGCUGAACCACCCAAAAAAGCUGCAAAGCCCAGUGGAGAUGAGAUGUCCAGCUUCCUUGGUAAAAUGUUCAAAAAGAAGAGCGAACCCGUGAAACCUGCAGCAGAAAACAACGAUUCAGUUGACGCACCGGUCAAAGCGGUGGAUCUAAAAAUCGACAUGCAGCCUGAUAAAGUCUUCAUUAACACAGACCAAAAGGAGAUUCUUGAGGAAGUCGCGGAGAAGAUCAAAUUGCAAUUGGUUGACUCCAUUCCCGUGCAACCCAUAAGUUCAGGUUUAUUGACAAAGCACGUCCCACUGGAGUCUUCAAACACAAAUGAGAUCCUCCUAGCUUGGCCUGCUACACAAGAACCAGUAGCUGUUGCAGAAAAACCAAUAGCUGAAGAGCCAUUUAAAAGAAAAGCCAGUGAGUUACAUAUAGGACAUCUGAAGUCUGAAGAGGAACCAUUGGUUGAUGCCAAGGCUGCAGAAGAUGAAGAACCUAAGACUGAAGAUGCCGUAAAGGCCUUGAAAGAAGACAAAGAACUCAUACAACUUGUUGAAAGCAUAAUAUCAGAAGAAAAGGAACAAGCAUGUGAGAACGAGCCAAAUGGUACCAAACAGAUUAGUGAUGACGCUGAUAGUGUGUCUUCAGUUGUAAAAUUAGCAGUUGAUACCGUCGAUGCUGAAGAAGCAGUCAUUGGAGCUGAAGAGCCAUUGCUGGUUGCUGAAGAAAUUGCAGAUAUUGUUGAUGAAAUCUUGCACAUCAGUCAGGAGCAAGAAAGUCUUGAUGCAGAAGAGUCAGAAGAACAUCAAAGGAACAAGUGCCAGGAGACUUUGGUCGUUACAGAGGAAUCAUUACCAUUAUCUGUGGAAGCAGCGCUGAUUGCCGAAGAAGAAAUUGCUCCUGCCACUUCUAAAUUUAUCUUAGCUGUUAAUGGAUCAGCGACUGUAGAUGAGGAAAGUUGGGUGAUUAUUGAAGAACCAGCUCGACCGUUGAACAUCUCUGGACUUUUAGAAGAACCUGCAUUUAGUAGAAGUAAAUGUUAUUCAGCAGAUUCUUCUCAAUUGCUUUCCCGACUGAGGUCCGCGUGCACUAAGGUUUUAGAAGAUGCUUCAUGUAAGCCGCUCAGUGUCAAUGUAUGUGCUGAUGAAAGCACUAUUCACAUCACAGUUGAGCUUUGUCCGGAUGAGUUCACAUGUCUGAAUAAGGAUCCAGUGGACAUAAAGACAAGCACAGAGCCAGAGCCGAAGACUGAAGCUCUCGAACCCAGUCCUGUGGAAGCUGCGGAAGAAAAUAACCCGUCAGAGGAGGCCGAAGCAGUAGACAAGACAGUUAUGAACUUUUUCAAAACAUUUGUCACUCCGACCAAAACAAGCAAAGAAGCCAAAGCCACUCCUGAUGCUUCAAAAGAACAGUCACAGAAAGAGACCCCACCAGCACCAUCAACAAAUGUACAGGAAGCACCCAAGGCACCUCCUCCUCCCCCAGCGCCACCUAAGAUGGAAAGCAAAGCAGAGCCGGCGGUAAAGAAAGAGGACACGUCUGCAACAAAAGCAACGGCAGCAGCUGCAACAAAAACAGAGGGAUCUGCCAAGAGCAAAACUAAAGACAGUGCAUUAAGCAAACUCUUCCGUUCAAAGCCUGUUGUGGUGGAAGAGAAAAAGCCGGUUGAGGUGCAGGCCGACGCGUCUAAGACCAGCACUCUUGAGGCCGCCGCCAAACCUGAAGAACCUCCAGCACCAAAACCAGAGGAGAAGAAACUCGAGAAGAAAUCCACUUUUGGAAGCAUGUUCAAACCCAAGGUACUGCUCGGCCAGGUGAGCAGCAGGAUCCAGGCAGCGGCGUCCAGCGCUGCCGCCAGCAUCUCCCGCAUGUCUGCUGCAGCGGCAUCAGAGCCCAAGAAGGAGACUCCAGCUGCUCCUCCCAUGGCAGAAGCCGCUCCAGCCGUGAAGGCCAAAGAGGAGGUGAAACCCGCCACUCCCGCACCGCAAGUGGCCCCGGACAACAAAUCAGCUGAAAGCACAGAUAACGCCUCCCCAAACAUGCCCCGCAAGCUAAGAAGAGGAACUCCCUCCAGCUGUUCUUCAAAAACCUGGGCCAAAAACGCCAUUCUGAUGCCGGAGUGCAAACGGAGCCUGUGGCACCCGAGAAGGCCAAAUAAAACCCCACCUUUGUUUUGAUUGCUCAUCUGUGCCAAAACCACUGGCAGCCAUGCGCGUAAGAACAUAUUUACCAUAGUUGGGAGGUAUUAUGAUGACUUGCAUGGCCCAAAUUUGAAGUAACUAUCAUAUAAAAAUCCCCAUGCAUUUAGUGAGGGCAGAAGCAAGUGUAAUGAUAUACUGUACACUGUUAAGCAAGUGCUACAUGUGUUUUCGACUGGAGGGAGGAACUUGUGUUGUUUUCCUGCAGAGAACCGGGUCAGUGUUGCGUGUGAAGUGGCAUGAGAUGGAAAAGUGAAAGUGAAAAUGUAAUCCUGCAUUUAAGAUAAACUCCCUUUUCUGUGCAUGAUAAAAUGUAAAAUAUGUUAACUAUACUAACACUACAGUUGUAUUGCAUUGCAGUUCACAUGCAUUGCACAUUAAAACCGUUGCGUUUUCACCGGGACAAAGCCAACAUCAUGCAUGUUUACAUGUGAAAAGAAAUUAUGUAAUCAUACACUAUCUGAUUGUGAAAACAAUGAUGCUUAUUUCAAUCACUGACACCUACAAAGCCAAUUGGAAUUCCACUUAAAGUGCAAAACAUCUGAAUCACUUUAAUAGAUCCAUAGAAAUCAAAAUAGAUUAUGUAACACAAUGUCAAUCAAACUGAGCACCAUAUAUUAUACCAACUUUCUUGGUUAUUUAAGUUUUCAAAAAAAAUAAAAAAACACAACUUUUUGUUUUUAAUCUCCACUUAGAAGAUUGUUUAUUGAUCAUAACUUACUAACUAAACCGCAUUACAAUUAUUGUCUUUUUAUUUGCUUGGCCGUCCAGUUCUGACCAGGGGAGACUAAAAAGAAGUUAAGUUAGUUAAAUGUUAUUUAGUUAAGUUAGUUAAAUGACAAGUUAGUUAAAUUGUCAAUAUACAAUGUACAUUCAACUCUCUGCUGCAGUCGCAUGUGUUUUAUGAUUUUCUUCCUAAUUUUCUCUACAUUUGUAAAAAGUAGAAGGGCCUGAUUCAGAAUUCAGACUAUAUCCAUGAAUCUUAGAUUGUCUGUAUCUCCUUUGUUGCAUAUUUGUCUAUUUAACCCAUUUAUAAAAAUAAAAGAAUCAUUCUC